UGACAGAGGGAAAGACUACUCAUUAACUUUAUGUUUAAAGAAGUGGUUUGUCUUACCCCAGCCUUUUCCAAGGAAAGAAGCAUUUUUUAGCAAGAGGUUCCUUGUGGUGUGUGACCGCACGUUUUCAGUGUGAGCUUGCUAGCUUAAUGCAUCUGCUUUGCACUAGUGAGCUGACAGCAGUCCCAGGGCUUGUGUCCUCUUAUUGGGAGCAGCUGGCAAGACAGAAGAGCAAGAACUAGUAAGAUUACUACCACAACUGGUUUUGGCUCAGCAGAUCUACUGGCUUGUUUUAACUGCUGGGUGGGUUUACACUGGAGAUUACACUGCAGUGCUCUAUCUUAUUAAGGGAAGAUGUUUUGUCCAUUAAUCCAAUUAGCAUUGUAGGUUAAUAAGACCGUGUUUCCCGAAGCAGAGCAGUCUCACAAAUAACAUAAUUACACCUAAACUCAUAAGCAAUGCCAAUAACUGGAGUGGUAUUUCCCUGCAUAUUCUACUUAUUAUUUUCCUGCCUACUCUACUUACUUUGUCUUACAAGCAAGCUCUUGAGUUACACGACAACUUCUCAAUUAGGAAAUCACACCAAACAGCUAAAGGCGCUGAAAACAUUUACAUGUUGAUAAAAUUCCCUUUCUCCUCAAUAUAGGCAGAUGGGUUCCAGCCCAGGGUAACGUUUUCAGUACCAGAGAAACGUAUUCAGUUACGAAGGCAUGAAAAGUACGUAUUGUUGUUCUGUUAACUCUCCUGGCAAAGAGCAUUUUCUAAUCGGGGCCACUGCAAACUCAGCUGCAGGUCUGGGUGUUAGAACACUCAGCAACUCCAUUCUUCAGAUGUGUGCAGCUGUUGGCAUAUUUUCCUCUUUGGGAACACAUGAUCCUUAACUUCAGACAAUGCCCUUACGCUGCUGACACAGAAAACAGAAACUUGCAAAGAAAAAAAGAAACUAAACAAAGGGAACUAAUAUUUUCAGAAUAGCUCAACGUAUUGCAGCAGCAUUGUUCCCAUAAUAGCUUCUGCUUGGCAAUUACAGUAUGUGGAAUUCUGGCAGAAUGAAGCAUGCAGGGAGAGCAGCCCCACAGCUGCAGGAGGUGACGGAAAGCCGGAGCAGAUCCUGUCAGCCACCCAACUGAGCCGAGGGUACCCAAACUACAUUUCCCAGAGCUCCUGCUGGGGGAAGAGCGACUCAGUGUGGUCAGACAGCUGCUGUUUGCUCUGCUUGCUGGAGGAGCCGUGCUUCCAGCUGAGGUCAACAGCGGCCUUUCGGAGCUGUUUCCUGCUGCUGCAGACAGCACGCCUUCUGCUCCGAGCACAAAACAACUUCCCAUUGAUGGUGAUUAUGGCUGCGAUUUAUCUAGCAGCAUAUAGAAGAUCUGCUCUCUUCUGCAGGUCACAUUCCACCUACGUUAGAAAAAUGAGGUACUUGAAUAAGCUAAAGGAAGAUGACAGCUUGUGUAGACAAGCCCAGACCUCAGGAACUUUUUACAUCUUUCACAAUCUCUCACCCUUCCUGCAGAAAGUCGGGAAGAAAUAUUUGACACCACAGCUCAGUGCAGCAGAAAUGAAAAGGAUCCUGGAGAAAUUCAAAGAGACUGAACAGUGGAUAGAGAAGUCGGUGCUGAUCGGUUGUUCAGAUGAGCACGUACCACACUUUGCCCUGGAUUUAGCAGGAGCCUUGGAAAAAUCAGUCAUUGAGGCUGAGCUCAAGGGAUCGUUCACUGACUUACGAAAGGCUUUCUUUGUAGUGGAUGAGAAGGAUUCUUCUUUGCUGGCCUCGGCCCAGGCCCUUCUCCGGUGGCACGAUUCCCACCAGUACUGUAGCAAAACUGGGCAGCCAACUCAGAAAAACGUAGCUGGCAGCAAGCGCGUGUGCCACGCCAGUGGAAUAACUUAUUACCCACAGAUGUCUCCAGUAGUUAUCAUCUUGGUGUCUGACGGCAGCCGCUGCCUCCUCGCACGACAGGCCUCGUUUCCUCAGGGGAUGUACACUGCUCUGUCUGGCUUCUGUGACAUAGGCGAAGCCGUGGAGGAGGCAGCCCGGCGAGAAGUGGCAGAAGAGGUUGGCCUGGAGGUGGAGUCGCUCUGGUACUCAGCAUCCCAGCACUGGCCCUUCCCCAGCAGCUGCUUAAUGAUAGCUUGUCAUGCAUUGGUGAGGAGACAGCAGUUAGAGAUCAGUAUGAACAGCCUGGAGCUGGAGGAAGCCCGCUGGUUUGGCCUGGAGGAAAUCAUGGAGGGUCUCAAGCGAGAACCCAACUCUGCAAAGCAAGACAAUGGAAGGUUUUUACCCUGGUUCCCUCCCAAACAGGCCAUUGCUCACAAAUUGAUCAACGAGUGGGUUAAGCAGCAGACUUCCCAGUCAACUCAGGUGCUAUGAUUUCAUCAAGCCUAUACCUCUAGCAGGAUUAUUAACUCUUGACAUGAAAGCUUCCACAGCUGAAAUCUGUCGUACAGCAGGUGCAACCUGAUGGCAGUCCUACAUUUGGAUACAGCACCCUACACAUUUCUGAACUGAUCAUUCUCAGACAACUCCCUGCACAGUGGAUCACCUUUGAGAUCCAUCAACUUGUAGUAAACGUACAAUAAAAUUAUUUGUCCCAAAGCACAAAACUUUGUCAUCUGCUGCCGGUGUUGCCCAGUAAGCAACAGAACAAUGAGCCCAGUGCAGCUAUGACCCUCUUUUCUACAUUUUAUACAUCUAGAGGUUGUGAAGGAUAUUUGAACCCAUCAUUUUUUCAGAAAAAACGUUAAGGGAGUGAGGUCUUUUAGUGUUCACCUGUAUAUCAAUCUGGACUGACUAUCAAAGAAACAAUAGAAAGGCAAUGCCUGUAUGCUCUCCCCUUCUUCCAUUUCCCUUACCUUUAUGUCUUCCAAUUUCAUAUGAAUCUUUUUUUGCCCCAAAUGAUAAGCAUACUCCUCCUUCGAUGAUAUACGAAAGUAACUGAAACUACUUCUGGAGACACCGUUUUCGCUGCUAUACAGAACAUGACACUUCCAUCCUAAGUAAGAGAGAACAGAGCUACCUGGUGGUAGAGAGUGGAAGAGCAAAGCCUAUAUAUGAGCAUAUUAGAACCCAAAAAACCGAAAGGUGAUAUAAUAUUACCGAAAGAUGCGUCUCUCACCCUGUGCCAGAAGUCUAGCUUGCUUAGAGAACUGGUCUUGCUUUACUGGUGAAAUGGUAUCGUGUUUGCGGGGAGAGUGACAAAGAUUUAGGGAAAGAAAAGCAGAGAAGGCAGACGGAAGGAUCUGCUGCUUUUUUAGUCUCAGUCCUUCCUGCUUACUUGGCCAGAAUUCAAAUGUCAAGAUUGCUAAGCGAUCAGUACAGAUACUUGAAGGGGGAACAGGACAAAAAGUCGGUACAGAUUGGAGCAUUAUUGGUGCCUCCCCUCCAGCCCAGCCAGACCUUUAGAUGAACUCACGCACAACUGAGCUGCAACUCUCCUGCUUCCAGUUUCCUUUGAAAUGUGCCUCUCGGCCUCUUUGUGGCGGUUGCUCCCGUUUUCUCUCCCAUCAUUUUAAUGCUCCAUUUUUCUCUUCCUCUCUCAUCUCUGGAACGUGCCACUUCCACUUUCAGCUCCACUCCUUUCUUCCUCUUACCUGCAAUGAGAACACUGUAGAGUUAGACCCCAGCCCGAAGGAUAUUUGUGCUUCUUACACCCCUUCCGCAUUCUUCUUAACCUCCAUACCUCGCUGCAUGCACUUCCAUAACAUGACCCAGGCUUGCUUCCAGAUUACAAACUCAGUUUGGUGUGCUCAGUGCUUUCUGAAUAUCCGCACAGGAUCUGCUCUCUGCGCUAGAAAGAGAACUAAGAAGAAAAAGGGGCAAAAGGUAAUAUACCUGAAGGAGCAAAGGAACGGCUGUGCGACUUGUGCAGCAACUUGAACUCUGUGAGUAUGCAACUGUUCUUCUACUUCACAGUAUAUAUCCAUCAAACCAGCUGCAGCAUGACCAGAAUUUGACAUCGGAAAAAACUGACCUCUGUUUGCUGCGAAAUACUGGCUUACUACUUAGCAAGUGAUGCUUUUUACUCUGUCAGGCAGGCAGGCAGCAGGCUCCAACUGAAAGAACCAACAUCAGCUCCUUCAGAACUGUCCCCUCCGCAUUGCUGAUACACAGCUGACUUGGCAGGACGUCCCUGUGGGGUGAUGCGAGCUGAUGGGCUGCCCAGGCUGAGGCUGACACUGACAGACUUUAGGACAGCAAUAAGAGCUGCAGCUCUGUAUGUAUUCAGAGUGUAACGGGUUUUUAAAGGGCUUCACAUUUGAUACCACUUUUUAAAAAUUCCUUAACCCGUGCUCUUGGCAUCCCUCCCCAGUUAUUUAUAUUGUGGCAUUCACAGGGAAGCACUGCUGAAAUGAAACCGGCAGCCCAGCCUGCAGCUGCCAUUUAGAACAUAUUCACCUUGGCUUACUAACAGAUGGCAAGCAGCUGUGCGAGGGUAAAAACACCUGCCAGAUGUCAUUCAUGCAACACGAUGCUAAGUAAACGCGCAUCAGACCAGGACAAGAGCAGUUUUGCAGCUUUAUCUAAGAGAAGCUGAUGGUUAUUUGUGUCACAGGAACACAGCAAAAGCAAAGAGCAAACACAAAUUCAGCCUCACUGGUCUGUCUGAGCUACAAAAACCUAGAGAGGUUUUAUGAGUGAAUCUACAUACGCCUCCAGUCACAAGAGGUUUGCAGCAGCGAUCUGCAGGAAAUAUGAUAGUUAAACAUGGAUGUUGUCAGUACGCAGCCUGCAGAAUUCCACAGCCAAAUCAUAUCCCACUUCACAACCAAACUAGGAGCGUCAAAGCAAGUGCUACUGCAGAAAAAUAAACCGUAAGAAAGUGACAGGAAAGACCGACGGCAGAGAGCAGCAAUAAAACUGCGUCAUCUCUUAAAUUCUCAGCCAUCAGUAUUAACAGUCAAAGGGGCAUCGUUUCAUUGAACAUUUAAUCCUUCAUCAGCCCUAUAACUAUAAUGUCCUUAUAACUGCAGGUACAGUUAAUAACCUUCACCAAGUUAAAAACAUCAGGGCUAUGCUAACUUAGAUUAGCACAGCUGCCAUCCUUGGUUUUCAUUCCUCCUUUUACCCUAACAAAAACACCUGUCCGGGAAAUAUUUCAGCCUGGCACCUGAAUCCACAACACUGCAUGUCACAGGACAGUUUCCUAGCCUGGAAGCACAGCCAGCAUGUAUUCCUACACCUGUUUAUGGUUUCUGUCUUACCUCAACAGAACAGCUCAUCUAUAUUUUACUGUAUGAUUACAUACAAAAGAUAAGCUGAAACCACAACGGCAACUAUGGUUUUGCUAUUGAGUUUAUUAUCAUCAGCACCUGGAAUCCAUAAUAGGAAAUCUCACCCAUCCAUACAAGGCAGUAAUCUUGACGGUGGCUGAGAGCACACUCUACGCACAUCAACCAUCAACCAAAGCUUCCUUCAUGCUCCCGAUUCUUCAUAUUCUUGAGCAGUUCACUGAUUUUUUUUUUAAGCAGCUUUGUAUCUGCUUGUUUACCCCAAGAAUUCCAACAAUCCUCCACAAUGGUAUUUUUUGUAGAGGAAUAAAAUAAAGUUGGAGGAAGAGAUACAUUUUCAUCUCAGACCCGCCAGAACAGAUGCACUUGCGUUCCGUUCCAAGAAAGAAAUGCCAAGGGGGAGGAGCAGAUGUUGCUGCAGCCUCUGCAGCAUCCCACGGGACCCUGAGGUGGUACAAAGGGCCUGCUCUGACUCCUGCUGUUAUUGAAAAUGAACUCCAGUUUCUCAAGUUACAUAAAUAGCUGCAGCAGGUACAUAAAUAGCUGCAGCAGGAGCUGUGCAAAUAUUCGUAAAAAUUGCUUGUCCGCUAUUGCAAGUAAUGCUUGUUCUGGAGGUAAUUGUUAUUCUUAUUUUACAAGGAAAGAAAAGGAGAAAAGUCCUACGCAGGGUGGCAAUCCCUCACGGCAAAAGGGGAGGCUGCCAUCUGCUUACUUAUACAACAAGGAUUCUGAUAACAAUUUGCAGGCACAGAGACUCCAAGUAGCAGGCAACACCACCAAAGCUGCAUUUGCACAGAGCUAGCUACGCUUAAACACUGCUCCUCUUGAACAGCACCUCCUCCCCAGUGACCAGAAAGGAGCUGAACUCACACUGACAACGUUGCAGGCCUGUGGGCUGCCGACUUCUGAGCUUAACUGCACAACCCCUGCUAACAGCGAUUAGUUAGAGGUUCUCUUUCUUCAGUUCCCGCCUACUCCAUAGAGCUGACCAGGGGAAAAAAGUGGCAGCUGCCAAACUAUCCAGGUGUUCCAGAGAAUCUAAACAAGUUCAAGAUCUCUAGCAUCUCAUGGGAGUGAUUUCCAUCUGUUAUACUGAAGAGGAAAGAUCAGUUAAUCAUCUUCUUGCUUGCAGCAUACCAGUCAACAACCACUCCAUUCAGAACCCAGGCUCCGGGGAUUAUGCCACGAACAAGAAAACUGCAUUUCUGGGAAGGGUUAGAAGUCCUGGGAUAAGCAAAACAAUGUACAAACAUUGGAUGCUCAAGUGAGCAAAGUGAAUAGUUAGUUGGAACAAAGUACUAGUUCAUAAUAUUCAUAAUUCCAUUUGAUUGAGAAAGCCGUUGAAAGGGAAACAUGCUGCACUUGUCUUCCCUAAUUAAUUCCAUCAGGAUUCCUUUGCUGAAAAUUCUCUUGCAAAAUUAAAAGCAGAAACUCCUCGUGCGCUACUUCAGAGCAGUGCAAGAGGCAGCGUGCAAGUGCUGAUUCUUAGAUGGCAAAUUCUCCAGUGAGUAGAUCUGUAGUACUGAAGGGCUCCACCAGGAAGCUGCUAAACAAAUGGAUGGAGUUGGAGUAAAUGCCACCUGACAGAAGUAACACAGUCUGGUUGAUAAAAGUCUCAUUACCCAAGAAACAAGAUCAGCUGGAGUGCCUCCGAAAGAGCCACUUUGUUCUGAACUUGCUCAGGUUACGUUUUUCAGAUAACGCUUUUGAAGAGUCCUGACAUUUUUUGACCUGUACGAUGCAGGCCAUGGGCAACUCAAACUCUCAAGUCCAAGCACAUUUGUGAAAAUAUUUAAGUUUAUCUAACAACUCAAUGGAAAAUGUUAGCUAGCUUCCUUAAUUAUGCUGCCUAUUAAAACGUAAAUCCUUUCUACUGUCGAAGAAGGUCUGUUUUCCAGCACUAACUGCUGGUUAUCCUUACCUGCUAGAUGCAAGAAUUGUUUCUCAGUUUCUGGAUUUCAGCAUAGGUUUGUCUAACCCCCAUUGCACCUCACCACUCUGCAAUCCAGACUCCUCAAACUUCAGUAGCAUCAUUGUAGCACCUCAUUCUUACACAACAUCAACAGAUGCCAAAUACAGAGACGUCACAGCCACUGCACUCCUUGUUCACACUCAUUUCAUUCACAUAUAGUCUCCACGUUUUUCAUUUGUACUCAAACAUCUUACAAGAUAUUCCUCAUUUACAAAACAGAGAGGCCCAACCCAACAAACAGUAGAAAAGCAACCAAACCAACAAGAAAUAGAAAAAAAAACUUGUGAAAACCACCAUAGUACGGAGUAGUUGAAAAGUCAGCAAGCAUUCGAUGUAAGUUGUGACGGGCUCUUGAAUUUCAGUGGACCGAUGGCAGUGUAUUACUUUCAGAAAAGUUUUUGUAAUUUAUUGCAAACUUUGUUGGCACAGCAGUUAGGUAAUGAUACCUGCCAUUGUGUUCCUGAGUAUGUUCCAAAAAAGCUCACCAGCAACAGAAGCUCAGCCACCGAGCUUCUCUUCUGCCUGCUCAGACAUUUGACUAGUUGCAUGGAAGGAAAAAUAGAAAAGAUAUGGAAAAGUCCAAUGAAUCCAGCAGAUCUGCCUUCUUGCUCUCUACAGAUCAAGAAUUGCUAUAUAUUUUCUUCCAUAUUUACCUGGUUAAAACGAAGUCUUUGUAUCCAGAGUAGAUUAUUCAUUCCAUGUGAAAGCACCUCCAGGUCAUAUUUUCUGGAAACCACAAAACCAAACAGUUCAGACUGAGCUCAUCUACUACUGUCACCCAAUCGGUCAUAAUGGAAUCCAAAAAAA